AUGGGCCAGAGGAGGAGAGCUCCAUGGCUCGGCCUGCUCUUCCUCGCCGCCGGCGCGUUGCUCCUGCGGCUCGCGCUGGUGGAGGAGGCAGCCGCCUCGGCUGUGCCGACGUCAAACGGCGGCGUCGAGGAGGGCGACGACGAUGCGGUGCUCAGGAAGGAUGACAGGACGGUGGAUGGACAUGUGGGCGAUGUGAAGCGUCAGAGGAGUGUGCGGGGAUGGGGGACGUGGGGCGGCGGUGGAGGAGGCGGCGGCAGCGGCGGGGAGAACAGUGGAGGGGACAAUGCAGAUGCAGGUGACGGCAGUGGUGAAGGUGACGGCGGCGGUGGAGGUGGGGGCGAUAGCGUCAACAAAGCUGGGCCAGGUCCAAGCAUAUGUACUGGUCACAGGUGCAAGCAAGAUAGAUAUGGCAAAUUAAGGCAGUGA